GUAACCUUAUUUCACUCACAAGUAAAUCUCACACUGUGAAUCAAUCUUUCUUUCAUAUAAAAUCCAACACGGGAGAUCAAGUUCGAUUCAUCUAAAAUCUCUUUCUCAUACAGAUAUAUAAUGAUUAAGAUUGCAAGUGACAUUGGUUAAUUCAAAAUUCAGAAAUUUCCCAAAUUUGCGAUCAAAAUAAACAUUUUAAUUUUAAAUUGGAUUUCCCCGACUUUUUUUCUUCAACCUACCACCUAAGCUGACCAUUCUCACAUUUCAACGUCAUUCGACCCCGGGUCUUUUACCUUUUUUCGACCACAACAAAUCUAAUCCCUCUUCUUCCUUUCGACAACAACAUCCCAUCUACCGAAAUCCCUUCUUAUCAUUUUGAUCGCAGAUAAUUGCAUUAUAGGUAUUGAUAUAUUGCAUCAAUUGAGUCAAUCAAUAUGUCGUACACUCAACAAUAUCAAGGUGUGGGUGGAAAUCCAUAUCAGGAUUCUGGCGCCGCUGAAGCCGGAUAUGGUGGUGUAAGUUCCUUCAUUUCAUUCAGUCAUUCUUUUCUUUCUUCCUUAAUCGCAUCUAUGCGUAAAUAUCUAGUGUCUAGAAUCUAGAAAUGCUCACCCCGCGAUAGAAUAAUAAUCUAGCCCAACCAGGACUCACACAUGAAAUGUCAAACUACUCUCAAACAUCCAACUAUUCCUCCGGUACACCCGGCGCCAUCCCACCUCCAAGUUCCAACGUCCUCACCCAACAAGCCUUCCUCGACCGCGUUGAUUUCGCCAAAUCCGAAAUUCGUUCUCUCUCCUCUAACGUUUCUCAAAUCGCUACUCUUCACCAACGCGCCCUCUCUUCCCCCGAUUCCUCCUCCACUGCGUCCCUCGAAAAUCUCGUAACACAAACCCAGCUCAAAAAUACUCAGAUUCGUGAUCAAAUUAAAUAUUUGGAAGCUGAUGCUAUCAAGACGCAAGAUGGGACUAAGAAUGUCAAGACCACGCAAGCCAAGAGAUUGAAGACGGAGUUUGAGAAUCAGUUGCAGCAAUAUAGGGAAGAGGAGUUGAAUUAUAGAAAUGAAUAUAGACGUCAAAUUGGAAGACAAUAUCGUAUUGUUAAUCCUGAAGCUUCGGAGGCUGAGGUUGAAGAAGCUAGUCAAAUGGAUUGGGGUUCGGAGGGUGUUUUUCAAACAGCUGUAUGUUUUGUCCUAUUCCCCUCUAUUAUAUAGUCUAGGACUUUUUUUACUUAUGAACAUACUAACAAAUCCCUCAGCUUAAAUCCAAUCGAUCUGGUCAAGCCUCCUCGGUUCUUGGAGCCGUUCGCGCCCGUCACAAUGAACUCCAACGUAUUGAAGCCACUCUUACCGAUCUUGCAGCUAUGUUUGCCGAUAUGGCUCAAUUAGUUGAAGCCCAAGACCCUGUCGUCGAACAUACCGAACAAAAUGCCAUUAAAACCGCCGAGGAUGUUGAUAAAGGAAAUACGGAAAUCGACAAGGCGAAUGAACAUGCCAGACGUAGAAAUAGACUAAAGUGGUGGUGUUUGUUGGUCACAAUCAUUAUUAUCCUCGCGAUUGCCUUGGGUGUUGGUUUGGGGGUUGGAUUGGCAGUCAAAGGGUCCAAAACUGCUACUAAUUAAGAGUAUAUUGGCAGUAGUUGAAACCUUCAAAGGGUUGAGAGGAAGGCUUUCGGAAGGUAUGAGAUAUGAUGGAUGGUAUGGGAAUGGAAUUUGGAGGGGAUUGAAUAGGUUCAACGAAUGAUGCGGUUACCAAGGAACCAAUGAAUGAUGGGAAAGGGAUGGAAGGAAAUGUUGUAUGUUGUAUAUUUGUCUGGGAUAUCAUUU